AUGGGGUUUCGGUAUACCGCAUCGGAGGCACCGCGUGAAGUCAAGACCAUUUUCGAAAAGUACUCGGAGAAUGGGGUUAUGACCGUCGAUCAUCUCCACAGGUUUCUGAUCGAUGUUCAGAAGCAAGAGAAAGCCACCAGAGAGGAUGCACAGUCAAUUAUCAACGCCGCCUCUUCUCUUCUUCACCGCAAUGGUCUCCACCUUGAUGCUUUCUUCAAGUACCUUUUCGGUGAUAAUAACCCUCCUCUUGCUCUACAUGAGGUGCAUCAAGACAUGGAUGCUCCUAUAUCGCAUUAUUUCAUAUUCACUGGUCAUAACUCUUACCUGACCGGUAAUCAGCUGAGCAGUGACUGCAGUGAAGUGCCUAUCAUAGAUGCGUUGAAGAAAGGUGUCAGGGUGAUUGAAUUGGAUAUAUGGCCCAACUCCAACAAAAAUGAUAUUGAUGUUCUUCACGGAAGGACUCUCACUGCGCCUGUGGAGUUAAUCAAAUGCCUAAGAGCUAUCAAAGCACAUGCCUUUGAUGUAUCUGACUAUCCUGUUGUUGUGACCCUUGAAGAUCAUCUUACUCCAGAACUUCAGUCCAAAGUUGCUGAGAUGGUUACCGCGAUAUUUGGGGAAAUCUUGUUUACACCUCCUGUCGGAGAAUCUUUGAAGGAGUUUCCGUCGCCAAACUCAUUGAAAAGGCGGAUUAUCAUCUCAACGAAACCCCCGAAAGAGUACAAGGAAGGAAAAGAUGAGGAGGCGGUGCAGAAAGGUAAAUCCUUGGGUGAUGAAGAAGUUUGGGGGAGAGAAGUUCCGAGCUUUAUUGAGAGGAACAAAAGUGGUUACAAGGUAGACCCUGACAAGGUGAGACGCCUUAGCUUGAGCGAAGAACAACUAGAAAAGGCAGCGGAAAAGUAUGCGAAACAGAUUGUGAGGUUCACUCAGCAAAAUUUGCUGAGGAUUUACCCAAAAGGAACUAGAGUCACUUCAUCAAAUUACAACCCGUUGGUCGGCUGGAGCCACGGUGCUCAAAUGGUGGCUUUUAAUAUGCAGGGAUAUGGAAGAUCAUUGUGGCUUAUGCAAGGAAUGUUUAGAGCCAAUGGCGGUUGUGGAUACAUCAAGAAACCCGAUAUUCUGCUGAAAGGUGGCUCGGAUAGUGACAUCUUUGACCCAAAAGCUACUCUGCCUGUUACUAUAUACAUGGGAGAAGGAUGGUACUUUGAUUUCCGCCACACCCACUUCGAUCAAUACUCACCGCCUGACUUCUAUACGAGGGUUGGGAUAGCUGGAGUUCCCGCGGAUACAGUAAUGAAGAAGACGAAGACGUUGGAGGAUAAUUGGAUACCAGCAUGGGAUGAAGUGUUUGAGUUCCCGUUAACCGUUCCAGAGCUGGCACUCCUGAGACUUGAAGUGCAUGAGUAUGACAUGUCUGAGAAAGAUGAUUUUGGAGGACAGACAUGCUUGCCGGUUUGGGAGCUGCAGGAAGGAAUAAGAGCAUAUCCUCUGCAUAGCCGCAAAGGGGACAAGUACAAAUCCGUCAAGCUUCUCGUGAGGUGCGAGUUUGUGUGA